CAUCUCCGUCUUUCUUUUAAGGAAUGCGGGUGUCAGGUAAAGGAACCGAAAAGAACUAAAAGAAGAGCCCAACCGACGGCAGGGCGGAGGAGCUCAUCAUCACCGUCUCUCCUCUCUCAUCCCCCCCCCUCUCUCCGUCUCUCUUUUUCUCCCCGUCAAAGACGGCCACAGUGGCGGCGAAGAGGAGACGAUCUUUCCCGCGCCAGCCUCGCCCCCUCAAGGCGCCUCUCUAGGGUUUGAAGAAGAAACCCCCAAUCUUCUUGGGCUUUUCCGUCGAUCGUCUUGGGGAUCGCGGGGCGGGGCGGAGACAUCUCGCGGGCGGUCGGAACGAUGAGGGCCAUGGAGACGCUGCAAGAUCUGAUCGAGGAGGCCAAGGUUCGGACGGUUUGCUGGGCCAUCUGCGUCUUCGCCAUCUCCUAUUUCUUGUCGCAUACAAGCAAAUCGAUGUGGACAAAUGUCCCCAUUUCUGUUCUCAUACUUGUGGCCUUUCGUGUUCUUUCUUAUGAUGUCGAGCUCCGUUGGAGGGUGCGGCCAGUUCCUAAGCAAACAUAUUUGUCCCAUUUGGAAAAGAAGCAGUUACGUCUUGAAGAUUCUCGCCUUUCUAUUGUGGUGCCCACUUCAAGAUGGAAGAGGAAAUUUGAUUCACCUCUUGUUGAGGCUGCUGUUGAGGAAUUUAUUAACAAAAUUUUGCAGGACUUUGUCAUCGAUCUCUGGUAUUCAUCUAUAUCUCCUGAUAAGGAGGCUCCGGAACUAAUACGCUCCUUUGUGCUUGAUGUACUUGGUGAAAUAUCAGGAAGAGUUAAACAAAUCAACCUUGUUGACUUGUUAACAAGGGAUCUCAUUGACUUGGUAGGGAAUCAGCUUGACCUUUACAGGAAAAAUCAGUCUGAGAUAGGUGUGAAUGUUAUGAUAACUUUAUCUUCGGAGGAAAGGGAUGAAAAAUUGAAGCGUCAUCUAAUGGCUUCCAAGGAACUUCAUCCUGCUUUAUUUUCACCAGAAAGUGAAUACAAGGUACUUCAACGUAUUGUUGGAGGAGUUUUAUCCUUAGCCUUGAAACCACGAGAGGCUCAAUGCCCAUUAGUUCGGUGUCUCUGCCGAGAGUUGUUGACCUGCUUGGUUGUGCAACCUGUCAUGAAAUUUGCCAGCCCUGGGUAUAUCAAUGAACUAAUUGAAUACGUGUUUCUCAACAACAAAGAUAGCAGCAACAUGGAGGCCACAUCUGAUAGGUCGCUUAGACAUUCUGGGCAAAACACUCAAAGUUGUCAAUUGGGAUUAGUUCAAAGUGGUGGGGAAAAACUGACAGACGGUUCUGAGCAUAGCCACCCAUAUGUAUCACAGAAAGAUUCUCUAAAUCAUAUACCGCCUCGACCAGCAGACUGGGCCAUGGUGCUGGAGGCUACUACAAAAAGGAGAACUGAAGUUCUUGCUCCUGAGAAUUUGGAGAAUAUGUGGACUAAAGGAAGAAACUACCAAAAGAAGACUGCCAAUCUAAUAAAAACAGGGACACCGCAAAGAUCUGUGAACACUACUCCAGGGUGCAUAAACACUACUGUCCAAGCAGGCAGUGCAGGGAAGGAGUUAGCGACCUAUAUGAGUGAAAGUAUAAAAGGUAUAGAUGAGAACUAUAUGGUUCACUUAACACAAGGAGUGGUAAACAAUGAGCAUCAUGGUUCCUAUGAUCCAGAGAAGAGUCAAUCCAUGGAGUUGGGCAACAUCGAUGGAAAUGAAAAACAUGCCAGUAAAAGUAAUAAUAACAUUCAACUGAAACGUUCUAGCAGCACUCCUGAUAUGGAUGCAAUAUUUAAAACCAAAAGUGAUGAUGGGACUAGUUUCAAGGAGAAAUGUCACAUAGAUAUUGCCAAGCAUAAGGAAGCGCAAAGUUCCGAUGUGGUUUCCCAUAGUGAAGGAUCCUUGCAUCUUCCUAAGAUCAAAUGUCGGGUUGUUGGAGCAUAUUUUGAAAAACUUGGAUCGAAAUCUUUUGCAGUUUAUUCAAUUGCUGUAACAGAUUUGGAGAACAAGACCUGGUUUGUGAAAAGAAGAUAUCGGAAUUUUGAGCGUCUGAACCGGCAUCUGAAGGAUAUACCUAAUUAUUCAUUGCAUUUACCUCCAAAGAGGUUUCUUUCAUCCAGCAUUGAUGAUUAUUUUGUCCACCAGCGGUGUAUCCUUCUUGACAAAUAUUUGCAAGUAUGUUUUAUACCUUCACCUUGCAAUCUGUUAGUUUGGUCUGCACUUUUGUCUGGACGUCUUUCCAUUUUACUUUUGCAGGAUCUUUUGUCAAUUGCUAAUGUUGCAGAGCAACAUGAAGUGUGGGACUUUUUAAGUGUUUCUUCAAAGAACUACUCUUGUGGAAAAUCUACAUCAUUGGUGAAAACAUUGGCAGUCAAUGUGGAUGAUGCUAUGGAUGAUGUAUUUCGCCAGUUUAAAGGGUCUUCUGAUGGUCUUACGUUGAAAGUUGCCGGUACAUCACCAUCUCAUGCAACUUCUCCCUCUGUCGCUGACAAGGUUUUGUCAUCGUCCUGGAAUCCAAAUGAGAUAAGUAAACAGAUCUCUGGAUUUAGUAGCAUGGAAACUUCGCAUAGCUUGUCUGAGGAUGAAGCACAUGAUGAUGACCGAUCUACCGCUGCAAAUAAUGGAUGGCACUCGGACAAUGAGUUAAACUCGAAAAGUUUUCCACCUCGUGUUUUCAAUCGCAUCAAAGAAUAUUCAAGCUUGGAAUCUCAGCGGAUCCAAGAAUCAGAUAAGUUUGACAGGAUUGGUUCGGAUGUCUCAAAAAAUUUAUUAGCCUCUGAUAUUUUAGAAGAUCCAGUUGGAAUGCCACCUGAGUGGGCACCACCAAAUGUGAGUGUUCCAAUGUUGAAUCUGGUCGAUAAAAUAUUUCAACUGAACAGGAGAGGUUGGCUAAGAAGACAGGUGUACUGGAUUUCAAAACAGAUCUUGCAAUUGAUAAUGGAGGAUGCAAUUGAUGAUUGGAUAUUAAGACAAAUCCAUUGGUUAAGGAGGGAUGAUGUUAUUGCUCAAGGAAUUCGAUGGGUUCAAGAUGUUCUCUGGCCUAAUGGCACAUUCAUCAUUAGGCUUGGUAGCAGUCAAGGGGAGCUUGAUGAUUUUAAUAUUGAUCAGAAACCGUCUCAAAGUACAAGUGGUUCUUAUGGUGAUAAAGUCACUAGACCAAGCUCUUUUGAGGCCCAACUCGAGGCAGCUCGCAGAGCAGAUGAUGUUAAGAAAAUGCUACUUGGUGGAGCUCCGACAGCAUUAGUCAGCUUAAUUGGAUCAAAUCAAUAUCGGCGCUGUGCAAGGGAUAUUUACUAUUUCUCUCAGUCUACCAUCUGCAUCAAGCAGCUUGCAUAUAGUAUGCUGGAAAUGGUGCUUGUUUCAGUCUUUCCAGAAUUAAGUGAUGUGAUGCUCGACAUUCAUGACAAGGCACGUAAACAGUCCUAAGAAUGAUCAAUGUGAGUUCUGCUUCUUUUCUUUGCUGCAAGUGGCAUGUUUCAUACCAUCAACGUAGCUGCCACAAUACCUCAACAUGCAGAAUCAUCUCCUAGCUGCAGUCUGGUUCACCAGAGUUAUGCUUUUUCUUUGUUCUUUUACACUCGGUUGGCAUUUUUUAUGUCAACUUUCUGCUUCCAGGAAAGAAUCUUGAAUCAGGAAGUUGCAAUGUAUAUUAGGAAUCCUCUUAACGUUCUGAGAGCGAUAUGAUAAAGAAAUAAUCCUAGAAGAUCUUUGUAUAGGUAGGAUGCCUGUUACUCCUGUUGUAAAUUGCUGAGACGGAGGAUCCAAAGCUAUUCUUUGAUUGCUUUCAA